CUAGGAUUGAGUGAAAAUAGGGGAAUUUCAAUUUUAGACUACAAAAUAUCAAAAGCGAAACGUCUUAAAAGUUAAUUAUUUUUACGGUUUCAUUAAAUUGUCAUGGAUGCUCAGUCGUCGCAAGAAAGGCCUAAACGAAACAGUCAAAAAAAAUGGGAUCCAAAUUUUGUAAAUUCGCUCAAGUUUUCUGCAUUCUCCAAAGCUGAAAAGCGUCAUUCAAUUGCUAUAUCAAGUGGUAGUGAGCAAAAUGAAGAAGUACCAGUUACAGUAAAGAAAAUUCGCAAACGAAAAUUAUCUCUACCAUCUAGUUCAGGUGCACUUGCUGCUACUGCUGCUGCCUCUGAUAGUGACAAGGUAGAAGACCUUGCAAUGACAAGGGUGGUCAAACUUUGUGAUAAAGGGCCAUGUGCAAAGUCCAGUGUUCGACCAACUUGUGUUGUUAAGGGUUCAAACAGGUGUGCAGCAUAUUGUGGUGGGGCCACAUCACGCUGGUACCACAUUUCGAUUGGAGAACACUACUGCAACGACUGCUUCGACAUGUUCUACAGGAGCAAUAAGGAAGGCAACGAGCAGUUCACAUUGUGGAAAAAAAUUUGUUCAAUGAGUGGAAUGUCAGAUGCCAGUGUUAAGAUGUUUGUAGUGGAUAAGUUCUUGCCAUAUUGGCUGAGAUGCAAUGAAUGCUUCAAAUGGAGGAUGCUGCCAAAGGAGACAGACAUCAAUUCUGAUUUUAUCUUAAAUUUCACUUGCAGAUCAUCCAAGCGUUUAGGCAAUGUCACAUGUGACACUGAUGAAAAUGAAGUAGUUUCUGAAUGUAGGAAGAAGGAAUGGUUAGAUACAGUUGGAUACACACCCUUCAUGAUAUCAUCACCGUCUGAGCCCUUCCUUAUCUACUAUCAUCCUAACAAAGUUGGCAUGAGUAUCACCUCUGUGUCCUCCAAGUUUAAGAUUAAAAAAUCUCAAAUGAACAAAAGUGCAGACAAGGAUGCUACUACUGACCAAUCGGACCAAUCGUUGAACGAAUCAUUUGAUGAUGUGUCUGAACAUCAGCCAUUAUUUCCGGAUGUUCCACAUGUACCUUUUUAUUUCCAACCGUUCGUCCAGCCUGAUUCACAGCCCCAUGCACUUGCAAUGCCACCAGACUGCAUGACUCCACAUGAAUUGAAGCAUUUUCCUGAAUUCAUCAAGGAACCUCUUAUUUACCUGUCUGUAAGAAACAUCAUUGUUGCACUGUGGACCAAGAAUCCCAAGGAUGUGUUGACAAUGGAUGAGUGUCACAGUCAGUUAAUAUGCAAGGGUCUCAUUAGAAUCAAAUGUGUUGAAUCGCUUCCCCGUAUUCUCAGGUACCUAACGAGAUGCAACAUUGUCAACACAGGGCUGUUUCAUGGCUCGCUUGAAUAUGUUUGUUCUUCUGAACCUUUCAAGAAAUCAGUGAUAGUGGUAGGUGCUGGUCCGGCUGGUCUCUCUGCUGCCAGGCAUCUGAACAACAUCGGGUGCAAGGUAACAGUGAUAGAAGCGAGAGAUAGAGUGGGCGGACGUGUGCUGGACGACCACAGCAUGGGAGUCUGUGUGGCCAAAGGAGCUCAAAUCAUACCUGGUUGUGUCAACAAUCCUAUCACACUACUUAGUCAUCAAACGAACAUCAAACUGAUCGAAAUGUCAGACUCAUGCACACUAAUUGAUGAAGCAGGUAAGGUCAUACCAAACAACAUCAACCAGUACAUUGACUUCCAUUUCAACUCGCUUCUCGACACAUUGGACACGUGGAAGAAGCAGAAGCGGAGGGAGGACGUCGAUUUGUUCUCAAAGUUGAAGGAGCUGCACAACCAGUUCAUGGAGGAAACCCAACUGGUCUUCACAGAAACAGAAGAGAACAUAAUGAAUUUCCACAUGGCACACUUGGAAGAGGCAUGUGGAGCACCUCUAACUUCCAUCUCGUCUCUACUUUGGGACGGCAAUGAGCAGGUACCUCAGUUUGCCGGAACGAUGUUCCGAGCACACGACGGACUCUCAAAGAUCAUGGCACAUAUGGCUCGGGGUCUCGAUGUCAGGUUCAAUACCCAGGUGUCCUGCAUCAACUACACAGACAAGCAGGUGAAGGUGACGACAGUGGCAGGUACGCAAUUGACGUGUGAUUACGUCAUCGUCACUGUUCCACUGACGUUAUUGAAGAAGGAAAUGAUCCAAUUCGUUCCUCCACUUCCUGCUGAUAAGAUGAAUGCCAUCUCCUCUCUUGGCGAUGGCAUUUUGGAAAAGGUGGCGGUUAAAUUUAAAACUCGCUUCUGGGAGAAGAAGGUGAAGGACGGUGUGGCGAUCGGUCAUGUUCCUUCUUCAUAUGAUGAUCGGGGACAUUUUGUUGUUUUCUAUGAUACGACUCAUCCAUCAUUUCUGGAAGGUGACGCCAAGGAAGGCAUUUUGACUACAUUCUUGACAGGAAACUCCGCAAAGAUAGUUAAAUCAAUGUCUGACAAGGAUAUUAUAUCCAUGUGCAUGAAUACAUUGAAAAAGCUUUUCCCAGAAGAAGAUAUCCCAGAGCCACUUUCGUACCUGGUCACGAGAUGGCAGGAGGACCCCCACGCAGGUCUUAGCUACUGUUACAUCCCCGUUGGUUGUAAUGAAGAUGUUUUCGAUCUCAUUGCACAGUCCGUCGAUGAUAAGCUCUUCUUCGCUGGAGAGGCGACAAAUAAAGAUUUUCCUCAAACGGUGGCUGGAGCUUAUCUUACUGGCCUGAGGGAAGCUCAAAAGGUGCUGGAAUUGCAAGACCCACUCUCACAGAAUGAAAUUUGAAAUCUUGUAUCAAAAAACCGUUUCUUUGUUGUUUUAUUGUUGAGUAUGGUUUUGUUUUGUUAACAACAAAAACACUUUUUUACAUAUUUUUUUCAACUUCGUUACUAUCGGGUGUUGUAGUCAAAAGAUUUUGCCGGAGUCGUAAUUUUUUUGAGUCCGUGAAGUAUAAAAUAAUGUCAAGCUAGUGUUUUUAAAAGAUGUACGUGUGUAGCAAUGCUCAAUCAUGUUUGUUAUUUAUAAAUGGAAAAAUUCGUUUGUAAGUAAUAUCUACCUAGGUAAAUACUGUUCAUAUUUUCUGAAUAUUGUUUGAUUGUUAUAUUAUUUAAUGUUAGAUAAAACAAUACCAUGAUUUUAUAAUUUACACUUAGAAAUUGCAUUCGAAUUUUCAGUAUUUUAAAAUUUAGUA